AUGGCUCUUCGACUACCCCCGAGGAACAAGAAAUCGGUGCUGUCAUCGCAUGCGGUAAGACGUUUCAUUCGAGCCAAUAAGGGUCCCAAGUCAAUCAUCAUCUUUAUUCUUCUCAUUUCUUUAACCAAUUGGGUACUUUUCGGUAAUGCAUUUUUGGGACCACUUGGUAAAGGAUCAUUACCUUCCUCUAUCAAAUCAUUUUAUCAUUUAAUGACUCCUGCGUAUCUGGAUAAACUUCAAACCACCUACGGCUUCCAAGGUCAUGAUACAAUUCCUGUCAAGACUCUUGAAAUAGUUCCAGACGUUCAAGAUGCCUCAAUGCUACGGCAUUUGGGCCUAGAUAAUCUCUUCAGAGUUGAGGUUCACACAAAGGAUUCUUCGGAGGAGAAGCGAUACUUUUAUACACCGGACUAUUUUGAAGAAGUUAAUGUUGAAGGUGAGGCUAUCGCCUCUUCCUCAUCGAAGGACAUUGUACAGAAGGCUGUCGUUGCGUUCAAACGGAUGGGAAGAACCGUUUAUAAGGGUAGCAAGUCUCCGCAGAUUGUGCUGGUGAUGGGGUUAGAUUUUCAAAAGUAUGAAGAUGAGUAUGCGUUAAAGGUUCUUCCCAACAGGGUGAACUAUGCAUCUAAGCAUGACUACGGAUUGUAUGUUAGGUGGAUUCAAGAGUUCACACCAAGGCUUCAGGAAUCCCACAACUUGGACACCAACUGGUGGAGACCGCUUUUAAUUCGGGAGGCCAUGAGUGCAUUCCCUCAAGCUAAGUACUUCUGGUUCUUGGACGAGAGGAGUUUGAUCAUGAGGGACGACUUGACAUUAGAGUCAUACUUGCUAAAUGCCGACUCACUUGGAAAGGCCAUGCUACGAGACCAACCUGUUAUUCUUCCAGAGUCUGCCAUCAAAACCUACAGAAACACGGCGCCUUCUGAUGUCAGCUUUAUUUUUACACAGGAUUCCUACGCUCUGAACACCGAUUCCAUCAUAGUAAAGAAUGAUAUGUAUGGGAAAUCAUUCUUGGAAUACUGGGGAGACAAUCUCUACAGAGGUUACUCAAAUUUUGCCGAUAAUGAAGUGAAAGCCCUUACGCAUAUACUACAAUGGCAUCCUUAUCUCCUCAGCAGAACAGCGUUGGUUCCCCCCAGAAUGUUGAAUUCUAUCCACACGGAUGAGAAGGCCAAGAAAGACAGCAUGCAUAGCUACCAGAAGGGAGAUCUUGUGGUGAAUUUCAGGUCGUGCGAACUUGGAAACACCUGCAACAAUCUUGCGGAGGCUUACUUAAAGGAUAAGUAA